AUGGAUCUACUAACUGCAAUCAUUUUCCUGGCUGCUCUGCUACACCAGUGUGAUGGACAGGGUUUUCCAUAUAAAACAGGGAAAAUUUUCUCCUUUCCUCAUUCUAAGUCUAAAAACCAAAAAGAGAUCCUUGAUCAACACAAUGAAAUACGCAGAUCAGUAUUUCCCACGGCCAGGAAUAUGUUGAAGAUGGUGUGGAGUGAUAAAGCUGCCAAAAAUGCUCAGAAGUGGGCAAAUAAGUGUCAGAUGAGAAUCAGUCCAAGGGAGCAGAGAACCCUUAAUGGUCUCACCUGUGGUGAGAAUGUGCUGCUAUCAUCUUACCCAAGAACAUGGCCUGAAACAAUCCAAACAUGGUCCAGUCAGUCCUCCAAUUUCAAAUAUGGAUAUGGAGCAACUUCCAAAAAUGUCAACAUCGAGAGCUACACUCAGCUAAUCUGGUACAACAGUUACCAGGUUGGAUGUGCAGUUUCCUACUGCCCUACGAACUCCUACAAGUACUUUUACGUUUGCCAAUACUGCCCUGCAGGAAAUAAUGCAAUGCAAAUAGCUACACCUUACAGAAGUGGACCAAAAUGUGCAGACUGUCCUGGCCACUGUGACAAAGGACUUUGCACCAAUCCUUGCAAGCAUCAAGACCUCCUUGGAAACUGCAAGAACCUGCAAACUUUGUUUGGCUGUAGUCACUCACUGGUGAAGCAGAAGUGUCCUGCAACCUGCAAAUGCACCACUCAGAUCAUAUAAAGUCCUGGUGGAUGUUGUUACAGCUGCUGUGAGACUCAUAAGAAAAGCGUAGAACUCACUGUGAAGUGUAUUCACCCUCAGUGUAUCUGCUCAGAUUGACCUAUAGGUAACAAUUUUAUUUGGAAUCUGACUAUUACUUUAG